CAUUCGGUGCCAUCUAGACGAACAAAAACCGCCGCACGACGGCGGAAGCUGAUGAGGCAUAGUUUUACUGAGCUCUGAGGGAAGACGGAAAUGGCGGCCUCAUUCAGAUGGAUAUUGCAGCUGCACAAGGACGUCCCGAAAGCUGCCAAGCUCUACUCAGAAGGAUUGGGCCUCACCGUCAAUGUCUGCACUCUUCGUUGGGCCGAGCUCGAAUCCGGUCCUCUCAAACUCGCUCUCAUGCAAUCCCCCAGCAAUCAUGUUGAGCAGAAGGGAUAUUCGUCACUCCUAUCCUUUACUGUAUCUGACAUAAACAAUACCGUGACAAAGCUGUUAGCAUUAGGCGCAGAGUUGGAUGGUCCCAUCAGAUAUGAGAUUCAUGGGAAGGUUGCUGCAGUGAAGUGUGUUGAUGGCCACAUGGUAGGUCUUUAUGAGCCUGUCUGAGGUUGCCAAAUAAGAGCAUAUAGCAUGUGGUUAGUAGCAACACAAGGAGAAAACUGAUUAUGGCAUUUUGGAUAAAGUACUGGUCUGAUAAAAAUAAAAUGUAGUUUUAGCUUUUACAUCUUAUAUUUUCUUCAAUGUGACAGCACCUGAAGACAACACGGGGAGUAUUAGAUGUUUGAAAACAUCUGAGAUUUUCUUUGGAAGCUAUCUCAUUUGAAUCAUGUUGUUAGGGAUUAGUACAAUUUUGUGUUGGGGUACUGUGAUUGAAUCAUUGUUAAUUUGUUAUUACUCACUGCAGAGCAUUAGUAGAUUAUUGUUAGUGUUAUUAUUAUUAUUGAUGUUAUCAUUAUCAUA